CUUCUGAUCGCGAGCAGAGGGGAGCUGAGACGAAACCAGCGAAGAGCAUUUGGUGCUCCGCUGCGUCUGCUGCUGCGCGCUCUGGCUCUUGCUGGCUGAGGAGGAGGAGGCUCUGCGAGACUGCGUGCUGCUGCUGGAGGUGCGGCGUCGAGGCAGAACGAUGUUUUUGAACCUUAUGCAGGACACUGGCGCACAGGUGAGUUUCUUCCACUGCUGCGGUGCGAGGCGGGCGAGUCGCGACUUCUUUGACGAUUUGAAGCCCGAGGCUGGGCAGCGGGGCCGCCCGUGGAAGCGGAGCAGCGGCACAGAUUGGAAGCAGCAGGUGAGGUUGCGGUGCUGUCGAAUGAGGAGGCGUAAGAGCGAGCAGCAGCGGAAGCAGCAGGCGAAGGUCGAGGAGGAGGUGGGCGAGCGGCACCUGCAGCAGAGGCCGCGAUUCUGUCGUUGCUGCUGCUGCUGCUGCCCCUGCCCCCGGCGCUCCGGAGGUGGCGCGGAGGUGAGCGAGGCCGGGUGAUUCGCGCAAGAACGAAUUUGCGACUGUGUGGCGAAUUGAAUGAUGGACGUACGGCGAAUGGGGAGCAGGGAACCUUCGAGCGCACUGGAGCAGCUGCUUUGGGAACGAGACGAAGGUCGAAGAGCGGGCAGGAGAAGAGCCAAGGAUAUCUGGAGGUUGUGUUGAAGUGGCGCAAGUGCAUUUUGCCUAUCAAUCCAUUCCCGCCUGUGUGUGAAAGAAGAGCCCGAGAUGGGAAGUACUAGUAAGCAAACGAAGCUCGUGAAGAGGCUGGCCUCUGUUUCGUCCAAUCUUGCGUCGUCUGCUGUUCCAUCCUACACAGACCCCACCACCGCAGAGCUGCCUUCGGGCAAAAAGCUGACUUCCGAUCCCACUCGACCGACAGCGACGACGGACAGUUGCAGUCGAUGUGACAAUUCAGAGGCUUCCGAGAGCGAGUCUGAUUACCGGUGCGAGUCCUCUGUGGAAGGGCUCCCUGAAGAUGAAGCUCUCAAACGUACAGAUGUGCUGACAUUGGAGGAAGUAGUUCAAAGGAGGGCGAAGAGAGUUCGGCAAUUGAUGAAGCUAUACAGAACGCAAUAUUGGGGCUUGUUGGAAGAGAUGAGAACUAAAUAUCGGCGGUUCUACCUCCGACAUGGUAAGAGUGGUUGGCGAGAUGAUGUGGAGGGAGGUGAAAGGGAGCGAGAAGGGCCUGGUAAACCUGGAGAAGAUGGAGGUGACGGAAUGAGGGAGCCACCGGAGAGAGGCCAUGUUGAGAAUUUGCACUGUGGAGCACAGGGCUGUUCAACAAAGCCGUUACCACUCAGUGUGUUCUGUUUCUCUCAUAUUCUACAGGAGCCACGGCAGCGAUUGUAUAAGCCCUGUUCUUUCGUAAUUCGCACGGGUCAAAGUGGUGGUACCACUUGUGGAAGGCCUGUACUGCGUGCCGUGGUCCCUCCCCUUUGUGGGCAACACUUUCAUCAGGCUCAACGUCAAGCAUCUCGCUCACUGAAGAAGGUGUUGCCCGGCGGGCCAAAGGCGAACCCGAAGCUACACCUCAUUAUCACUCAAUAUGUCCAGGAGAUUCAGGCAAAACGUCGGGCGUUUCAGAAGAAAGUUGCUCUCACAUCGCAACUAGAGAAUGGCGUGGAAGUGCAUCCCGGUGGAUCUGGAGGUUCAUUGGACAACGCAUUAUCUGAUCAUGGAGGCCAAGGAUGAGACCCCGUUGUAGCUGUUCUUUGUUCAUUUGAAGGAAGGCGAAUGAAUUUUUUAUCCCAUUGGAGAGGUUGUGACGGAGGUCUGGGAAGUUUGUUACAAAAUAUUGGCAAUACCCUAGAAGAGAAACACACUGUUCGACAUCAGAGUCUUCGGUUCUCGCUGGAAUCGAGGUCUAGCCACCUGAUAAAAGAAUGAUGGGGCUGUGUGUCUAUUAAUUAACUAGACAUUUGUAGCGGUGUGUCAGUGUUCAGAGCAACAAAGAGUUAGCCGGCCAUGACGAUGACAACGAAAGUGCUAAAGGCUUCGUAGUACUAGACUUGCGUUUUAUAUGACACGUGGCCUUGAGUGUUAAGUCAAGGCCAAACCAAGUUGUAGACCGAGGGUCGAAUUUACUAACCCCUAGCGGAGUAUGAUUGCUGAUUCGAAUCAAUUUUUGGUCUGUUAUGUCCUCUAUUUUAGAAUGAAAGACAGAGAUUUUCCUUUGUGCUCCACUUUCAGUUCAUUCCCCGUUGAUUGUGGUGCACUAAGGGUUUUCGAUUUUUUUUUCUAGUGUACAGAAAUUCAUUAGUAGUUGAGAAAGUAGUCUUAGUUCUUCCGCCGAAAGAGCUACGAGAGGAUGGCAUAGAAGUUGUUUUCAGAUCCUAUUGAAUGAAGGGAAUUUUCUGUCCCAUGCCAUUUCUUUAUGGUCCCC